AACAGCCGCGCGAUCGCGGGCGGCGAAAGCAGCGCCACACAGCCGCGGCGUCCACCGCACAAACCUUCCCUCCCCAGCCUCACCCCCCGCUGCUCCGCCCCCUCUAUUUAAGGCCGCCCCAUCCCCCGGCCUCCGCUGCCACGCCGACGCAGCCCAGCCACAAACCCACCACCCCGCCGCCCACGCCGCACGCCGUCGUCCCCGAAGGGACGCGGGCAGCCGGGCAGGGAAUCCCCCCUUCCUCCCCUUGGAGCCCUCCGUGACCUUCCGGGACGCUCGGCGCCAGCCUCCCCCUCCCGCCCUCCGUGUUGUCUCGCCGGGCAUCACGGCUGCCACCGCGGACCCCGCGCGCGGCGCCCCCGCUGCGCAGGUGGAGCCGCACGGAGGACGCGGAGCACUCCCCUCGGCCGGGGGCAGCCCCUCCGACCUCCUCUUCCUCGCCGGCGGCGGUCGCAUCCUUCUCUGAUUGCGCACCGGCGCUGACCCGCUAACCCACGCUAAGUCGUCGUUAACAACACCCAGUAGACGGUAGAGACAGCAGAGGAGGCGGGAGGAGAUGGAGGUGAAGCUGACGAUUAAGAGGGUUGCGACGGUGCUGUCCAACUACCAGGAGGAAGGAGCCGGGGGCUGCGGCAGGAACUGCCUCGGGGAUUGCUGCUUGCCUGCUUCCAAGCUUCCCCUCUAUGCUUUCAAGGCCGACCCAAAGAAGCCUGCGCAGGAUGAUGAGCUCCCUACUGAGUUCUUCCUCAAUUCUCUCCUCCUCGCACAGUGGGAGGACAGGGUAGCCCGAGGCCUAUUCAGAUAUGACGUAACAGCCUGCGAGACCAAGGUGAUUCCUGGCGAGCUUGGGUUUGUUGCACAGCUUAACGAAGGCCGCCACCUCAAGAAGCGCCCAACCGAGUUCCGUGUUGACCGUGUGCUCCAGCCAUUCGAUUCUGCCAAGUUCAACUUCACCAAGGUUGGCCAGGAGGAGGUUCUCUUUCGCUUUGAGAAUGGUGGUGGCGACAGCAGCUAUUUCCUUGAAAAUGCCCCAAGCAUUGAGGGUGACCGUGCUCCCAGCGUUGUUGCAAUCAAUGUGAGCCCUAUUGAGUACGGUCAUGUGCUUCUCAUUCCACGUGUCCUUGACCGCCUGCCUCAGCAAAUUGAUCCUGAAAGCUUCCUGCUUGCACUACACAUGGCAGCUGAGGCUGCAAGCCCAUACUUUAGGCUUGGUUACAACAGCUUGGGUGCCUUUGCCACCAUCAAUCAUCUCCACUUCCAGGCAUACUACCUGUCAGUACCUUUUCCUGUUGAGAAGGCGCCUACCAAGAAGAUCCCCCUUGCCAAGUGUGCGCUGAAUAGUGGAGUGAAGGUGUCAAAACUGACAAAUUUCCCCGUGAGAGGUCUAGUGUUUGAGAGAGGGAACACACUGAAGGAUUUGGCUGAUGUGGUUACCAACGCUUGCAUUUGGCUCCAGGAGAACAAUGUUCCUUUCAACGUCCUCAUCUCUGAUUCUGGUAGAAGGAUCUUCGUUUUUCCUCAGUGCUAUGCUGAGAAACAGGCUCUUGGUGAAGUGAGCCAGGAUCUGCUGGACACGCAGGUGAACCCUGCAGUAUGGGAGAUCAGUGGACACAUUGUUCUGAAACGGAGGACGGACUUCGAGGAGGCUUCAGAAGCAUCGGCCUGGAGGCUUCUCGCAGAGGUGUCUCUGUCAGAGGAGCGAUUUGAGGAGGUGAAGGCAUGCAUCUUCCAGGCCGCCGGCCUCACUGAAUCUGAUGAAGAAGAGGAAUCCAACGAGCCACCUUAUGCAUCGUCAUCCUCCGUUCCGCUAGCCUCUUCACGCAUGACUGAAGGCUGCCUUGUUCUUCAGUGAGAGAGCAAUGAAAAUCGGCCAAGUCGACUCUGGUCGCUAGGUUCGCAUUAUCUGUGGCUGCUUGGUGUUAGCAGGGAUCCCAGUGAUUGUACCGUGUCUGCUCUUGCUUGCUACUUCUGCCUCUGAUUAGUUACCGUUGUUCGCUACUAGUUUGCUGGUGUUCAUACUGUGCAGUUUAUUAUUAAGCACAGGUAUGUGUGUUGGCUUGUUUAUAACUGAAAUGCAUUGUUGUGUUCAUCGUGCUUGUUUCUCA